AUGCAACGAAGUGGUGAAGUUGUGUUGUGCGCAAAGAGCAGUUCGGUGUUAACGAGCAAGCAGUUCAUCUGUCAAUCAGUGAAAAGUGCAACGGAUUGCUGGCAACUCCAAACUGGUAUCACCGUUCUGUUAAGCCGAUUAUGGAUGCCGUUGUCGCUGCUGCGUCGGCUGGUUCGCGGCCCAUUGGCUGCACUUUAUUAA